UGACGUUCUUCGCAUAUAAAAUAAAUAAAUAUAGUUGUCUCGAGAAUGGGGAUUUUAUGUCAUUAAUGCCAACGAUAUACAGGUCAACUGUAUCAGAAGUCUACCAUCAAACCAAGUAAACACAUUUGUAUUGAAAGAUAGGAGGUAAACCAUAAGGUGGUAAAGCAGAAACAAUAUAUAAAGAAGGAGCCAAGAGGAGUAUGUGAAGUAGGAAGAAAGACUAGUACAUAUAGUAGAGGAUCAGUAGUGUGAAGUAGAAGGCAAUACUAAUACUUGAAGUAGGAGGUUGUAGGAUGAGUCGACAAACCAAUAACAACAAAGCUAGGGGACACACCCCAACUGGCAGUACAGGUGCCAAUCCAACCAAUAAUGACCUUGCCACAUUGUUUGAGUGCCCAGUGUGUUUUGAUUAUGCACUGCCACCUAUAAUGCAGUGUCAAAGUGGGCACAUUGUCUGCUCAUUUUGUAGACCCAAGUUAACUAUGUGUCCCACAUGCCGUGGACCUCUCGGAAAUAUUCGAAACCUCGCCAUGGAGAAAGUUGCCAGCACAGUGAUGUUUCCAUGUAAAUAUUCAUCCACUGGCUGUGCUCAGACUCUACUGCAUACAGAAAAGGGAGAUCAUGAAGAGACAUGUGAAUUUAGACCAUAUUGUUGCCCAUGUCCUGGUGCAUCUUGUAAAUGGCAAGGGAACCUAGAGCAAGUCAUGCCUCACUUAGUACACCAACAUAAAAGCAUUACUACAUUACAAGGGGAGGAUAUAGUGUUCCUAGCAACAGACAUCAAUCUGCCAGGGGCAGUGGACUGGGUGAUGAUGCAGUCAUGCUUUGGCCACAACUUCAUGUUAGUCCUAGAAAAACAAGAAAAAUAUGACGGACUGCAACAGUUUUAUGCAAUAGUCCAACUUAUAGGCACUAGGAAACAAGCUGAGAAUUUUGCUUACAGGUUAGAGUUAAAUGGUCACAGACGAAGGCUAACCUGGGAGGCAACACCUCGUAGUAUCCACGAUGGUGUCCAGUCAGCCAUCCAAAACAGUGACUGCCUUGUCUUCGACACAAACAUUGCACAGCUCUUUGCCGACAAUGGCAACUUAGGAAUUAAUGUGACCAUCUCCAUGUGCUAAACAUUGCCAUUCUCAAUAAAUAUGAAAUUAUUUGAAGCUGAAUGCAUCUAGAAAAUUUACAGGUAUGUCAUAGCAUAAUGUAAAUACGUUCUUUGCGUCGGGAUGCAACAGUCACUGUGUGUGAAGGAUUCCCAUGGUGUCAACGAAUGAAAAGGUGAAGGUGCAUUUGAAUGCAACAGUCACUGUGCCAAGGAAGGUGACAGUCAAUC